UUGUGUUUUUAAAAUUUAUAAAAUUUGUGCAAAAAUUACUAAAGUUUUUCAUAAUCUAAGAAGUAAGCAAAAACAAAAAAAUUAGUAAAAAAAAAAAUCAAAAAUACAAAAUAAAACAGAAAUAGAAGAGAUAGAGAGGAGAGGAAUACACGAACUGUAAAAGUAGGCCAUAUCGCCAGACGCUCAACACAUAAUUUCUGGAAUUUGGACCGCAGAGAAAGAAGAUUUAAAAAUUACUUAAACAACCCGUACAAUCACCAACAAACAUUAAAAUAAAAUGGCAGACUCUGGAAGAAAAGGAACUAAAAGAAAAAAUGAUACUAUGCCAUAUGAUGAUUUAGUUAUAAAUGAGAUGUUUUUAAAUAAAAAAACACGAAAUAUAAUGUCAAAUAAUUCAGAUAUUGAUUUAUUUGACUUAAAAAUAACGAUCCCGGAAUUCGGAAUCAUAAAAAAAGCACUAAAAAAUGUCAAACGGGACCACCGCAGAUAACUAUUUCCAAAUCUUUGCAUUGAAAAAAUAAACAUUGAAAAUGAUAAAAAUUCAUCAGCCCAUACAAAGUAUAGAUAUGACUCAAAAGUAUGGAACGGUAUAUUUGAAAAAUGUCAAAUGUCAGUACACCUUGGCACAGAGUUAAAGUCUGAUGAAAUUAAAAGGAUUUCCCAAAAAAGACAUGCAUCAAACAGCAAUGAACAUAAAUGUAAACGAUCAAGAAAUUGCACUAAAGAUAAAAUCAGAAAAAAUAAAGUAUUGCACAAUUUUUUCAAGAAAUACGAAGAGGAACUAAUUUCUAAAAUAACCUUACAUCAAGCGUGUGUUCCGAAAAAAAAAUUAUACAAAAUAAAUCACGAAUUAGUAAUUGACGAUAUCUCAUCAAUAGACUUAAAUGAAAAUUCUGUCCAAAGCGUUUCAUCGAUUUCAAGUAAAAACGAUAGAUCAGACUUGAAUAUAAUAGAUGAAGAAAUAAUAAUCAUCGAGAGCGAUGAUGAUUCUGACAGUGUUAUAUUUGUAGAUGGGCCUGAUAAAAAUCAAAAUCAAAAAAUCGAAAUCAACUCCCGUUCGAAUACUGAGAUAUUGGAAGACAUAGAUCUGAGAGACUAUUUCUCGGACAUUAGCACCGAAGAUGAAGAUUUGGAUAUACCUGAAAAAAUAAUAACCGUUAGAAAUGCGAAAGUGAUUGAAAGCCAUAACCAACCAGAUUCGGGCAAAAAUUCUCAUACUAGAUCGAAAAAGGUGGAAGAUAAAGAAGUUAGGGUAAAGGUAGAGGCAAAUGUUGAACAAGAAUAUGAGGAGGAGGAGGAGGAGGAUGACCCUAUACCCGAAAUAUUAAUAUGCGUUAAAAAUGAAGGAAUUUCAGAUCAAGCAGAAGAAGCCAAGAAUCGGGAGGGGGAGGGGGAGGGGGCUGCACAAGCAGAAUCAAACGCUGUGCAGAAUGAAGCAGAAAAAGCUAAGAAUCGGGAGGAGGCUGCAAACGUUGAAAAUCAAGAUAAUGAAAGCGCACAAGAGAAAGAAAAAGAAGAUGAGGAAGAGGAGGAAGCGGAGGAAGCAAUUUCAGUUCAAGCAGAAGAAGCCAAGAAUCGGGAGGGGGAGGAGGCUGCACAAGCAGAAUCAAACGCUGUGCAGAAUGAAGCAGAAAAAGCUAAGAAUCGGGAGGAGGCUGCAAACGUGGAAGAUCAAGAUAAUGAAAGCGCACAAGAGAAAGAAAAAGAAGAUGAGGAAGAGGAGGAAGCGGAGGAAGCAAUUUCAGUUCAAGCAGAAGAAGCCAAGAAUCGGGAGGGGGAGGAGGCUGCACAAGCAGAAUCAAACGCUGUGCAGAAUGAAGCAGAAAAAGCUAAGAAUCGGGAGGAGGCUGCAAACGUGGAAGAUCAAGAUAAUGAAAGCGCACAAGAGAAAGAAAAAGAAGAUGAGGAAGAGGAGGAAGCAAUUUCAGUUCAAGCAGAAGAAGCCAAGAAUCGGGAGGGGGAGGAGGCUGCACAAGCAGAAUCAAACGCUGUGCAGAAUGAAGCAGAAAAAGCUAAGAAUCGGGAGGAGGCUGCAAACGUGGAAGAUCAAGAUAAUGAAAGCGCACAAGAGAAAGAAAAAGAAGAUGAGGAAGAGGAGGAAGCGGAGGAAGCAAUUUCAGUUCAAGCAGAAGAAGCCAAGAAUCGGGAGGGGGAGGAGGCUGCACAAGCAGAAUCAAACGCUGUGCAGAAUGAAGCAGAAAAAGCUAAGAAUCGGGAGGAGGCUGCAAACGUGGAAGAUCAAGGUAAUGAAAGCGCACAAGAGAAAGAAAAAGAAGAUGAGGAAGAGGAUGAAGAAGAGGAAGCAAUUUCAGUUCAAGCAGAAGAAGCCAAGAAUCGGGAGGAGGAGGAGGAGGCUGCACAAGCAGAAUCAAACGCUGUGCAGAAUGAAGCAGAAACAGCUAAGAAUCGGGAGGAGGCUGCACAAGUUGCAGAUCACGAUAACGAUGCAGAAGACGCGCAAGGAAUAGUUGAGAGUUUAGACGACGACGAAGAAGACCAAGAUGAUGAAGACGAAUACGAUGCUGACGACGAAGAAGAAGAAGAAGCAAACGACAGAGAAACUAUGUCGGUAGUAGCAGUACAAGAAUAUGAAGGUCAGCAACAUCGUGGACAAAGUAGGCAAGUUUCACCGUAUAAUUAUGAAACAUUUGAAAAUCAAUUUCAUGAUUUUCAAGAUGUCAUGAUUGGAGGAAGAUCUAAUGGAACCGAUGGAACAAUAAGAGUAUUCGUUAUCAUUUAUUCCCCAGCUCUAACAAGAGUUAUUUAUAGGGAGCAAACUAUAUUCGACCCCUCUUAUUGGAACCAUCGGACCCCAUUCUAUUGGCCUGGAUAUGGAAGUUAUUACUUCUAUUAA